AUGGGCUUUGCGGGUGUCUACACUGCUGUGUAUGACUACACACCACAAGGAGAAAAUGAGCUAGCAUUUGCGGAAGGUGACCUGCUGUACAUACUGGAUAAGUCCUCCGAUGAUGGCUGGUGGAAAGCGAAGAAGAAGACCACCGAGUUUGAAUCCGAGGAACCUGUGGGAUUGAUCCCUAAUAAUUACGUGGAAGAGGCACAACCGAUCCAGCAAGCAAAAUCCAUCUAUGAUUACACACGACAAACGGACGAGGAGGUGUCGUUUGCCGAUGAUGUCGAUAUUUUGAUCUUUGACACCUCUGACCCUGACUGGACGUUGGUUCAGGUAAACUCUGAGUACGGGUUUGCUCCAUCAAAUUAUAUUCAGAUUAUAGGGGACGUUGAGCCCUCAGAAGCCGUACCUGCAGCCUCUCCCGCGGCUGAGAGCCACGAGGAAGCCAAACACGUUGAACCUGAACCGGAGGCUCAACCUGAGCCUGAACCAGAAGCAUCUCCAGCUCCUCAUACAACUACUAAACCACCUGGUGGCCCCGCCGCCGCUCUUGCCGGGAUACUGCAGACCCAACAACCACCAGCUCCGCCAGCCGAUUCCAGACCGAUCCCUGCUCUUCCUUCUCGGAAUUCUCCAGCCCAGGCGCAAACAGUGGCCGCCACAGUUGAUGAGGAGGAGGAAGAACCACCGGCCCCUGCCCUCCCACGACGUCCGCAGUCCCAGGAAGCUCCUAAGGAACAUCUGCCAUCUCCUAGGGAAUAUCGACCUCCCCCCUCCCCAAGAGAUCAUUUACCCUCGCCAACAGAUUUCUCUCGUGAAAGAUCUCGUGGACUCUCUCCUCGCGAUUCUCUCAAGGGAGAUUCAGGAGGCGUCCAGCCAUCUCCUCCGUACAGCAGACUAGCCUUACGAGAUGAAGCUUAUCCUCGGCAUUCAUCGACAUCACCCUCAGGGUACCACAUAUAUAACAUCAGCGAAAUGAUAUCGAUUAUGGGGAAGAGAAAGAAGAUGCCAACAACUCUUGGGAUCAAUGUUGCCGCUGGAACCAUAUUCAUAUCACCAGAGAAGUCGGAGGACGGGCCCUACCAAGAAUGGACAGCAGAUAAAUUAAAGCAUUAUUCCAUUGAGGGGAAGCAUGUGUUCGUUGACCUUAUCAGGCCGAGUAAAAACGUCGAUUUCCAUGCUGGAGCUAAAGAUACUGCCCAAGAAAUCGUGGCUGCUCUUGGGGAGAUCUCCGGCGGAUACAGGGCUGAAGGAUUGAGAGAGGUUAUUGCAGCUGGUACUAGUGGCGCCAAGAAGAAAGGUAUCAUCCUAUAUGAUUUUAUCGCCCAGGGAGAAGAUGAGGUCUCCGUGGGCGUUGACGAUGAAGUCGUAAUCUUGGAUGAUACAAGAUCCGAAGAGUGGUGGAUGGUCAAGCGCCUGAAGAAUGGAAGGGAGGGCGUCGUUCCCAGCAGCUACAUUGAAAUUACUGGGGUUGCGGAUUCCGGUUCGUCAGGCGUAAAUGCUGGACUGUCAUCUAUUGAACAGAACCGACUCGAAGAGGCACGCUUAGCAAAACAAGCAGCCAGACCUUCACGGAGGCGAGACUCGGAUGGAGCAGGGUCCAUAGAGGUAGGCCCAGGUGUGAAACUGCCGCGUAGGCGCAGCAGUUUACUUGGAAGAAAUGAUGGUAACCAACAUUCACAGCGUCCAAAACGCGAGAGUAAAUCGCUAAAGCCAAAGCCGAACGCUGCAAAGACGAGGAAAUGGACCGACCGAUCUGGCACCUUCACUGUGGUUGCAGAAUUCAUUGGCCUUGCGGACGGCAAAAUGCACCUGCACAAGCAAAACGGCGUGAAAAUUGCUGUUCCUGUGUCCAAGAUGUCCAUUGAAGAUCUGGAAUACGUUGAAAAGGUUACUGGUGAGUCUCUUGACGAAGAUAAACCUCUAUCUGAUAUCCGCCGCCGUAGUCAAAUGGGGAACGAUCGAAAGGUUGUUGGUGCUUCAGUGAAAAAGGAUCCCGAAUACGACUGGUUCGACUUCUUCUUAAGAGCUGGAGUAGGACCACAUCAGUGCGAACGCUAUGCCAGCAAUUUUACCAAGGAUUCGAUGGAUGAAUCAGUCAUUCCAGAUAUUACAUCCGAUGUGCUCCGUACCUUAGGCUUGAAGGAAGGUGAUAUAAUACGAGUGAUGAAAUAUGUCGACGAGAAAUACAAGCGGAAGGCCAAGGGAAGCAGAAAUGUUACUUUUGCGGACGGUGAUGAAGAACCUGCCAGCGGAGGCCUCUUCUCUGGUCCUGGCGGUGCGUUACGGAAUAAUACCCGCAAAGGACGCCCUGCUCCAGCAUCUCAAACCAACGAUGUCGUUGAUCCCAAGGCCUUUGCUCCCAAGGGUAAGUCAGAACCCGCUGAAGGCAAAGGUUCAUCAACAGAGAAGGAGAAAAACGGCCCAGCAGGCUUUGAGGAUGACGCGUGGGAAGUUAAAACUCCAACUAAAACAUCAGCCUCAGCACCGUCCUCUGCACCAGCUGCUGCUCCAGCUGCUGCUCCAAGCCAGCCAGCGUUGACAGGCGCAAUGGCAGACCUGUCGCUUCUCCAGACACCCCUAGAGCCCACGAAAACCGCUCCAGCCCCAGCGACCAAGCCGCCUGAACCUGCUAUCACGCAGCCACCAGCUCCCCAGGUACAGCAAGUAGCACAACCACAGAAACCAGGUGCAAAUCCGCAGUUCUUCACACAGCUCGGUCAGCCUCAGAUGCAGACUCUUGCUCCGCAAAUAACUGGAUAUGGCCAAACGGCUUUGGAACACAGCCGUUACAGCCCCACUCACUGGCAUCCCGUCCACCGCGCCACAUAUCGCCCGCCAGGUCACAGUCUAGCAGAACUCAACCAGCAACGAUUCCAGCAGCAACAGCCGUUGAUGUCGCAGCCUACUGGAUUUCCUUCUCAAAUUCCAGGAAUGAUUGGCCAGUUUGGCCCUCAGAUGCCGCAGCAGCAGCCUUUCGUGAAUUCAUCCCAGCAAUUCAUGGGUGGCCAACAACCAUUCCAGACAAGUUCUCCUGCACAGCAGCAGCAAUUCCCGGCUUUGGCUCCUCAGCCCACAGGCUACCCCCAAUUCGGACAGCAACAACCACCGCCUUUGCCAACGGGGUCUAUCAAUUCUGUUCUCCCCGCUCCCUUACAGCCCCAACGCACAGGCGUGAAUGGGUUUGGGAUCAAUCCAAGCUUCACACCUUCACCGCCGCCAAUUCCUCAACAGCCAGCUGCUGCACCACUCCUACCUCAGAAAACAGGCCCGGCCCCUCCUGUACGCUUCGGUGUCCACAAAGAUACUGCAAAGAAAAUCAUGCCGCAGCCAACAGGAAAAGCAAAUCUUGCUCAAGCAACGCCAUCCAAUCCAUUUGGUUUUGCCUAG